AUAGAAUUUGAUUUAGGAGAUUAUUUGUUGUCAAUAAAAAAUAUUAUUAUAAUGUAAUAUUAUCAAUAAGAAGUGUGACAUGCAUGGUAGACCUAAGACGUUGCUCAAUGUCUUGGUUUUGCUAAUGGCUACUUUGUACAGAACAUUAAGCAGAAGAAGCUGUUGUCAUGCCUCAGCUUCUCUAACCCGUACCUAUUACUCGUCACGGCUACACCAAUACAACAAAUAUAUAUCCAAUCUGAUUCGAAGUUGUAGAUUAAGAGAAGCGAGAGCACUCUUUGAUACCAUGAAGCACCGAAAUGCCGUUACUUGGAAUUCCAUGAUUAGUGGGUACGUGCAUCGGAGAGAGAUUGUCAAGGCACGCCAAUUGUUUGACGAAAUGCCCCAAAGGGACAUCGUGUCCUGGAAUCUCAUUGUUUCGGGUUACUUUUCGUGUCGUGGAAGUAGGUUCAUCGAGGAAGGACGUAAGCUGUUUGAGCUAAUGCCCGAAAGAGAUUGUGUCUCUUGGAACACGGUCAUCAGUGGGUAUGCUAAAAAUGGCAGGAUGGACCAGGCUUUGAAGCUCUUCAAUGCCAUGCCGGAGCGUAAUGUUGUGUCCUCCAAUGCUGUGAUCACUGGGUUCUUGCUGAAUGGAGAUGUGGAUUUGGCAGUUGGUUUUUUUAAGACGAUGCCUGAGCAUGAUUCGGCCUCUCUUAGUGCCCUUAUUUCAGGGCUUGUUAAAAACGGUGAAUUGGACAUGGCUGCUGGGAUUUUGCACGAAUUUGGUAGUGAUGAUGAUAGUAAGGAUAAUUUGGUGCAUGCUUAUAACACCCUGAUUGCAGGUUAUGGUCAAAGAGGUCAUGUGGAAGAAGCUCGGCGCCUUUUUGAUGAGAUUCCAGAUGAUCGAGGUGGUGGUGAAAAGGAUCAAAGGAGGUUCAGGCGAAAUGUGGUCUCAUGGAAUUCAAUGAUGAUGUCCUAUGUGAAAGCGGGAGACAUAGUCUCUGCCAGGGAACUCUUUGAUAGGAUGGUGGAGCGUGAUACCUGUUCUUGGAACACUCUGAUCAGUGGCUAUGUUCAAAUCUCGAACAUGGAUGAAGCUUCAAAGCUUUUCAGGGAAAUGCCCUGUCCUGAUGUACUUUCAUGGAAUUCGAUAGUUUCUGGGUUUGCGCAGAACGGUAACUUGAAUCUUGCAAAAUAUUUCUUUGAGAAGAUGCCCCACAAAAACCUGAUCUCAUGGAAUACGAUGAUAGCUGGUUAUGAGAAAAAUGAAGACUAUAAGGGUGCUGCUAGGCUAUUUUCUCAGAUGCAGCUUGAGGGAGAGAAGCCAGAUAAACACACAUUAUCAUCAGUUAUCAGUGUGUGAACUGGGUUGGUGGAUCUUUACCUAGGCAAGCAGAUACAUCAGCUUGUCACGAAGAUUGUUCUUCCUGACUCACCGAUAAAUAAUUCCCUUAUUACCAUGUACUCGAGAUGUGGGGCAAUAGUUGAUGCAUGUACUGUAUUUAACGAGAGAAAACUUUAUAAAGAUGUGAUCACUUGGAAUGCAAUGAUUGGAGGCUAUGCGUCUCAUGGCUUAGCGGCAGAAGCCCUUGAGCUUUUCAAACUGAUGAAAAAGCUUAAAAUUCACCCUACCUAUAUAACCUUCAUUUCGGUUUUAAAUGCAUGCGCCCACGCAGGACUAGUUGAAGAAGGGAGGAUACAAUUCAAAUCCAUGGUUACGGAAUAUGGUAUUGAGCCACGGAUUGAGCACUUUGCCUCCCUUGUGGACAUCUUGGGACGGCAGGGGCAGCUUAAGGAAGCUAUGGAUUUGAUUAACACCAUGCCAUUUAAACCAGAUAAGGCUGUGUGGGGUGCAUUACUAAGUUCUUGUAGAGUUCAUAAUAAUGUAGAAUUGGCCAUAGUAGCUGCUGAUGCUUUGAUCAAACUUGAACCAGAAAGUUCAGCUCCGUAUGUAUUGUUAUAUAAUAUGUAUGCUAAUUUAAGACAGUGGGAAGAUGCUGAGCAUGUGAGAGUUUUGAUGGAAGAAAAGAAUGUCAAGAAGCAAGCAGGAUAUAGUUGGGUAGACUGAUCGACAGAGACAACUUUAUUGUCUUAGAAAUCUUCAGUCUACAAUAGAUGUCAGAUAAUUUUAGUGUUAGUUAUUCAACAUAACCAUACACAUACUGUGCCAGAUAGGAAAGAUGAUAUUGACUGAUUAAGCAGAUUUCAAAGUAGAAUAAAUUUCCAGACGUUGGUUUGAAAUGGAAGAAGCAUAUCUUCUGGCAAACAUUCAGAGGUAAGAAAGGGGUAGUUAUUUGUUAUUUUUGGAUGAACUUAACUUUGUGAAUUAGUGGCGUAGUGGUGUCAACUGCCAUAAAUCUCAGCUUAUUUUCUGUGUUUUUUUUAAUAGAUCAAUUUGCCAAUGUCAACAUUACGUGAUUUCUACUUUGGCUGGCUGGAAGAUUAGUCUUCCAUAUGCUGAAGGCGUCACUUGUUCCUACCUGUAAAAGAAUUCUGUCUGCCAUGAAACGUUCUAUGUGGCUGUUUGGCACUGGUAAAGUGCGUCGGAAGUUUGAGUUAACAAACCAAUAUUUUGGAAGUUUAGGUAACUUUGAGGUUGCUGAACCAGUGUAUACUUGGAAAGGAGUGGCAGAGUUUAUAAAGGAGGUGAAGUAAAAAAAAUUCGUCCACCCUCCCUUGUAAUCGGUAGAGAAUAAACUAUAAUAAAUUUGUAUAGAGAUUAGACAUUCAAAUUAUAUUUACUUUGAAUAUAUAUAUUUUUUUUUCAAAAUUAUUAGUUAAAAUAUGUCAGAGCUACAAAGUAUUAUGGAUGAAAUUUGUAAUGGGCUGAACUUAGUAUCGGACACUCUUCUGAGAAUCGUCACAUUCUUCAAAGUAUGUGUUAACUCCCACAUGAUUUCGAUUUGUCAGAAUGAUGUUUCUUAUGAAAUCGUUAGAAAGUGGAGAUUUUGAAGAAUCAAGUUCAGGAUCUCAUUAAUGGAAGAGAUCAAAAAUCAAAAUUAUCAAUGGUGACAAUUAU